AUGCGGGAACCCUUGAAGAAGGGCACUUCCAUUGAUCACCUCGAAUAUGUAGAUGUCACACCAAUCAUCGGUCGCGAGUAUCCCACUGCCUCUCUCAAGGAGAUGCUGGAAGCCUCAAACGCUGAGGAGCAGUUGCGUGAUCUAGCCAUUACUAUUUGCGAACGUGGCGUGGUCUUCUUCCGCAAACCUCAGGAUGACCUAUCCGUCGAUGAGCAGAAGUAUAUCACUGACGAGCUGGGCAGACUGACGGGCCGUCCAAAGGAAAAUGGCUUGCACGUCCACCCACUUUACAACGACCCUAACAAUAUUCCUAUGGCAAAUGGCACAACUGACAAGAACAUCUAUGUCAUCAAUUCCGAGGCUGCCAAGAAGCUGUAUGCUACAAUGAAGAAUCGCCCCAAUGCAGCUAGCGAGCCGCGUGAUUUAGGACGAGAAUGGCACAGCGACAACUUCUCUUUCCUUCGCAUGGAGUCCACUCCUCCGUCAGGUGGCGACACCCUUUGGGUCUCUGGUUAUGAGCUCUACGAUAGACUUUCCCCGCCCUUCCAAAAGUUCUUUGAGACACUCACGGCAACGUGUGCUCAGCCAGUGUUCAAGUCAGCUUGCGAGGCGGGAGGCUACGAUGUUAUGUCGCCUAGGGGCUCUCCUCUGAACGUUGACUACGAAUUCUCGCCCUCGCACCCUGUCAUCCGCACGCACCCUGUCACGGGUUGGAAGUCCCUGUUCGCUGGUGUGGGAUUGCAUCCAGACACACAUCUUGUGGAAGGCGUUAGAACAGGAGUGAGAGCCUCAGGUAUUGGCGGAGUGCCCUACUUGGAUCCAGCAAGCACGGGACGAAGAGAAGCACUAGGCAUGUCGCGGUUCUAG